AUGACGAAGCUCCGCUGCUCCUCCACCACGGACCUACAGACUCACGCUUCUUUGGCACUAUCUCCCGCUUCCCUCCUCCCCGCAUCCUUCUCAUCAGAGCACUUCUCCGCAUCCCUUUAUCUCCGCACCUGCUUCUCCUAUAGGGACUUUCGGCCCACAGCUCUGCGAGGGGGCGAGGAAUGGGGACUGCUGAUGGGGCUGGCGUUUGGCGUUGAAGAUGGCGGGGCGGGCUCUGCACUGCACCUGCUUCGCCUACCCCUCGUAGUCUACGCACCCGCUCCUCCUAUCGUAUGCCAUGAGUGGCCCGCGGAUUCAGACACUACAGUGGGGAUGCACUGCCCUCACCCACGCACUGUCCCAUCCUCCCCCCUUUCGCACCUCCCCCGACCCUCCCCCCGCCUCAACACCAACUUCUCACCAGCUUCUCACCAGCUUCGCACCUGCUUCUCGCACACCGAAUUUUGCCCCACCAACUGCGCGCUCCGACAGCACUGCCUCCCACAUCUCUCUCAUAAGCCACUCUGCGUUACCCUUCCCCCCUCUCCCCUUCGUGCCACCACCAGCCUCGUACCUGCUUCUCCUGCACCGACUUCUGCGCCACGGGCUCUCCCACACCCAUGGCACCCAUGUCUUCCGCUCACCCAAGCAGAGGCUGCUGAAGUGGCGGAACUGCGUGAGUGGCUGCAGGAGAAGCUGGGGGGGGGGCUGUUGGGUGUCCCGUGGCGGUUUUUAAGGACAGACGAGCAAAAGGAGAAGGAGGUGCGUUUAGAGGGAGUGAGGGGUUGUGGGCUGGGCUGUAUGAUGCUUGUGUGUCACUCGUAG